AUGCCUCCACCACAACUCUCUCAAAUCAUUUCUGCCGGGUGGUUCUACAACGCUGGCUCCCAAACGCUUUCCAAGACCUUCACCUUUGCUAACGGUUUCCUUCCAACGUGGGCUUUUCUUCAGCAGCUUGCUCUUUACUCGCACCGUGCCCAGCACCAUCCCCACAUUGCCACGAAGUAUAACGUCGUGACGCUUGAGUUGCACACAGACGACGAGCAUAGCAUAUCCGAUAAGGACAUUAAAAUGGCCAAGAAGGCCGAUUCAUUAUUUUUUCAACUGACCAAAUAA